AUGGCACACACUCAAAUGCUUCUGCGUCCGCGGCUGGACAGUGCAGCGCGGACUUUGCAUGCCGCACUUGCGCCGCUUGUGUUGCAGCGUCGUGGAUUAGCAGUUCCCAUAAACCCCGCCACAUCUGUGGAUCAUAUGCUCGGCACAGCCAUGCCGGCGGCGCCUGUGGCAAAGUCAGAUGAUCGCGGCGCACGUCGCACAUUGAACGAUGCUCACGACGCGAGCGAGCUGAAUCGCAUGGUGAACUCUGACACGGACGCUAAUGGCGAUAUCGCCUCGCGUCGUGCCGAAAUGGAGCGCCUCCGCAGCACCGCCACGGGCGCUUCCCGGCGCGGCACGGCCAUUCCCGAUGCAGACAGGCUGCUUACACAGUCCCUGGACAGUGCGCAGCUGCGAUGGAAUGAGGAGGCCACCAUAAUGCCCACGGUUCCUCGGUCUAGUCCCGAGAUCGGCACAGAGCAAGAUCGCGGUGCUUUGGAACACUACGCAAUUACCGCUGCGCGCGUUCUAGCGAAACAAAGCGCACUUGAUGUGCAUGUGGCGCAGCUGCGCGACUUGCACGCGGAUGUGACCGAGAAGGCCAAUGUACAGCUUUCUGUUGAGCUUCCAUACGAGCCUGCGCCGCGUUCGGAGCGUCGUGUGGAAGUGACGAGCGCCGUGAGCAGCCCAGAGGAGCUGCAGCAGUGUGCGGACGAUGGCGUCCUACUGCUCUGUUACAUUGACGGCGUCGGCACAGGCAACGAGCGUGUGAGCAUGUCAUCUGGCUUUGCUGUCCAGGGCGGCGAUGCGCUUGCGCCAGGCGAAGGUGCAGGCAAAGGCAGCCUCGUUGUUUCCUGCGCACACACACUCCAGUCGGCCUAUACGCCUUCGCAGGGCCAUGCAGACUCGAGUGGGACUAUGUUUGCUAUUACACGCCUCGGCUACAUCUUCCCGGUGCGUACGUUGGUGAGUAGUCUUCCCGACGCGGACAUUGCCUUGUUCCAACUGGACGAAAGACCACUGCUGCUGGAUGCCGUGUCGAACACACUGGAGCGUGUGGACCGACCGCUUCGGACUCUGCCCGUCUCGCCAUACCCUGCAGUUUUGCAUUCAGAGCUCUCCAUUUCCUCGUUUGGCGGGUGGCUCUCUGCCAGUUGCGAGUCCAACAAAAUUGCAGCAUUCCCCCGCUUGACCGACAACCAAGUGAUUCGGAAUCGCUGGGCGCGUGCGACGCUGGUGGGCUAUAAAGAUCCUAUCGGUCGCGUCGCAGAGACGGGCACCUACGACGAGCUUGCGCAGCUCAGCUUUACACUCAACGACCAGGCGCCAGAGACGCCCGAGUCGCUGAGGCGCGCGUCGCUUAAGCGAUCCAAGAUGUCGUUCCCACUUCCGGGAUCAUCAGGCGGCCCCGUCGUCGACAUCAACUCUGGAAGUGUCGUGGGCAUUGUCAGGGGCCAUCGCACAAGCCAGCUGCAUGGCAGCCGUGGCGACGCGGUCCCUGCAGAGAAAGUAUUCGAGCUUUUUGCACUCCCCGGGCUGGGAAAUCGCCGCUAG